CCAAACUAAAUAAAUAAAAUAAUGUCAAUCAGUUACAAAUAUUUAAUAUUCUGUUCUGUUAACUCAUUUUCAUAUUGAUUUCCUUAUUUUUAUUUUUCUAACUAAAAAUAAAAUAUUAAAAAAAAUUAGCUCAUACUAAAUUUAAUAUCAUUAAGUGUAAAGGUACCUAUUAAGGUAUUUACUAAACAUUUAUUUUUAUCGUUUUAAAGUUUCUGUUGGACUUAAUUUACUCAAGAAAUAUACCAUUCAAAUUCUACUAUCAACUUAAAAAUUCCAUACAGACCUUGUUAAUUCAAACCGUUAAUGAAUGUUUGUUUAAACUUUGUGUUCAUAAAAAAUAAACAACCUCAAGAUGGCAUCAAACACAUAUGAUGAUUUAAAUGUCGAUGACUGUGAAUUGUACGUUCAACGACAUAACAUACAACAAAUUUUAAAAGACUGCAUUGUCCAGCUAUGUAUUGUAAAACCAGAAAGGCCUUUAACAUUUUUUAGACAAUACUUUCAAAAAUUGGAAAUGGAACAAGAGCAGGGAAGCGACAGUCAGCACGGUGAGACAGACGAGUUCUACCAAUCGGCACCGACGUCAGGUCCGGCGAGUCACGUCCAACAAUCGAUCCGUCGAAGAGGUGGCAUAUCGGCCGAGCACGUUUCCGAAGAAGAAGCCACUAGCUAUGUGAAGAAAGUAGUGCCAAAAGAUUACAAAACAAUGGCGGCCUUAUCGAAAGCGAUCGCCAAGAACAUAUUGUUCUCUCACCUGGACGAGAACGAACGGUCGGACAUUUUCGACGCAAUGUUCCAGGUGACGUUUCUACAGGGCGAAUCUAUUAUUCAACAGGGUGACGAAGGAGACAAUUUUUACGUGAUCGAUGUUGGCGAAGUUGAGGUGUACGUAAAUUCGGAACUGGUGACGGUGAUCGGCGAAGGCGGGAGUUUUGGAGAGCUGGCUUUGAUCCACGGUACACCGAGGGCCGCCACGGUGCGUGCUAAGACUGACAUGAAGCUCUGGGGCUUGGAUCGAGACAGUUACAGGAGAAUACUUAUGGGGUCGACGAUCCGAAAGAGGAAAAUGUACGAAGAAUUCUUGUCACGCGUCUCUAUUCUAGAGAGUCUAGACAAAUGGGAGAGACUGACCGUGGCCGAUGCGCUGGAACCCGUGUCGUUCGACGACGGCGAGACGAUUGUCAGACAAGGCGAACAAGGAGACGAUUUUUACAUAAUCGUCGAAGGAACGGCGCUCGUCCUGCAGCAGCGGGUCGAAGGAGAGACUCUGAUCGAAGUCGGCAGACUCGCGCCGUCUGACUAUUUUGGUGAAAUCGCACUGUUACUCGACCGUCCGCGAGCAGCGACCGUCGUCGCCAAUGGGCCGCUGAAGUGUGUGAAACUCGAUCGGGCCAGGUUUGAAAGAGUGUUGGGCCCAUGUGCUGACAUAUUAAAGAGAAACAUCACACAAUACAACAGCUUCGUAUCCUUGUCCGUAUAGGAUUUAUACGCAUAUACAACGAACAAUAAACAUAUUAUUUGUUUUCAUUUCAAAAACUAUUAUCGGUUAUUAUUUUAUUAUUAUGAAUUUUCGUUGCAGUGUUGUAUACUAUUAGGCAAUUAUAAUUAAAUCAAAUUUCGUAAAUAUAA